UCGUCCUCAAAAAUAUAAAACUUCCAUACAAGUUGAAGCUUCUGUUCUGUGCUUUCUGUUUCUGACAAAUAAUACAAGUCAGAAUCAAAAACUCUCUCUCAGCUUUCGUCCCUCUCUUUUAGGUUUCAUUUAUUCAUAUCAGAGCUCGAAACAUUCAAUUCAGAAUGGAUCACCAAGGGCAUAACCAGCCUCAAUCAAUGAUGAUGGGUGGUGGUGGUGGAGCUCAAAUGGCUUAUGGUUACCAGUCCAAUCAGAUGGGUGGCAACCCAACUCAUGGCUCAGUUGGAGGCAUUCAGUCCUCCAGUCAGCCUGGUGGAGCUCAGCUUGCGCAGCACCAACUCGCAUAUCAGCACAUCCACCAGCAGCAGCAACAGCAGCUUCAGCAACAGCUCCAAAACUUUUGGGCAAAUCAAUAUCAAGAAAUCGAGAAGGUAACCGAUUUCAAGAACCACAGCCUUCCCUUAGCUAGGAUCAAGAAGAUCAUGAAGGCUGAUGAGGAUGUGAGGAUGAUAUCAGCAGAGGCACCUGUUAUAUUUGCCAGGGCAUGUGAGAUGUUUAUCUUAGAAUUGACCUUGAGAUCAUGGAAUCACACUGAGGAGAACAAAAGGAGAACCCUUCAGAAGAAUGACAUUGCUGCAGCAAUCACUAGAACUGAUAUCUUUGACUUUUUGGUUGAUAUUGUGCCGAGAGAGGAUCUGAAAGAUGAAGUGGUUGCAUCAAUUCCAAGAGGCAAUGUGCCUGUUGGAGGGCCUGCUGAUGCACUUUCUUAUUGCUACAUGCCACCCCAACAUGCACCCUCUCAGGUUGGGGCCCCAGGGAUGAUCAUUGGCAAGCCUGUUAUGGAUCCAUCUAUGUACGCCCAGCAGCCUCACCACCCCUACAUGGCUCAGCAAAUGUGGCAGCAGCAGCAGCAACAGCAGCAGCCUGACCAACAGCAAUCGUCGUCAGAUCAUUAGUGGCGGCUAAGCAUGGAAGUUGAUAAGUGAAACCUCAAACAGCAUGAAAAGGCAGAGAACCUUAGAUAAUCAACAAGUGCGGUUAAGAUUUGAGUGAAGUAGACAGGCGAACUCCAUGUAUAGAUAAUAACCCUGAAAGAAGUAGCAGAUCAGAUCUUGACUGAGCUAGCAGCCAUUUUCCCUUUUGAAAGUUUUUACUUUUCUCAUUUCAUGUCUGUGAUGUGAUGUGACUUUGAACAAUUUAAGAAUAUCUACUAAUUAAGUUUGGGCUUC